AUGGAUCAGUCUGACGACGACGAUGCCUUGCUGAAGGCGGCUAUCACAGCCUCACUGCGUGACACUCAAGCCAACGCGAACCGAGAUCGCGGCAGCCAAGAUCGAUCUGUAAAGGCGUCGUCUCGUGCUGCGGAUGAAAAGUUUAUCGAUUUGACCCAGGACUCUGACGAGGAGCCUGAUAUCCAGGAGGUCUUUCCCAAAUCCAAGUCUCUUGUGGGUUCUGACACUGAUGACGGGGAUUCUUCGGAUGAAGAGCUUAAACUUGCAAUCGCCUUAUCCCUGGAAGAAGCUAAUUCUAAACGUGCCACUGAUACUACAGUUCCUACUGAUUCUCAGAAGUCCAUUGAGAAGCCCGAUAAACCCUCAGAGCAACCACUGGGUAUUCUUGGCAUGGACCGGAAACAUAUGGAGAAGGAGCGUCUCGCCCGUCAACUGAAGCGCAAGGCUGACGACUUCAUCCCCGCGUCUGACUACGAGAGUCGUGGACUUUCGACAAAGGCACGUAAGGCCAAUCCGGUUGCUGGGCCUGAGAGUGGUGACUUGUCGCCCUUCGCAAGCUCCGCUUCGCGGGCUCUCCCAAAGCCUGAAAUCUGCAAUCGACCAGAUUCAAAUCACCCUGAAUGCAGAGUGAAGCCACUUGCAAGAUCCAUCCCCCAGUUUCCUUUCGGAGCUGUGAAGCGAACGGCGAUUGGGCACAAAGCGCGUUCCACUGACGAAAUCACCAUCGAAGAGGUGCUCCAGCGCGGCGAGCUCGAGUUGGCGGUCCUCAGCUCAUUCUUGUGGGAUAUGGAAUGGCUCUUCACGAAGAUGGAUACUUUCAACACACGGUUUAUCCUGAUCAUGCAUGCCAAGGAGGAAAGCACUCCUGAGGAUUCUGACAACGCAUGCAUUAUUCAGAGAAUUCAGUAUCAGGAGGAGACUGCCUCCAUGUCGAACUUGCGCCUGUGCUUUCCUCCCAUGGAGGGACAAAUCAACUGCAUGCACUCGAAGCUCAUGAUGCUGUUCCACCCCACUUACAUGCGGAUCGCGAUACCGACUGCCAACCUCACCUCAACUGACUGGGGAGAGAACAACCUGCUGGAGAACACCGUUUUCAUGAUUGAUCUGCCGAAGAAAGGCGCCGAGUCCGGCCCUGGCAAAGACUUGAAGCCCCCGUUCUACGAGGAGCUGGUCUGUUUCCUGAAAGCAAGUACACUGCAUGAUAACAUUAUCCAGAAGUUAGAAAACUUUGACUUCAGUAAGACUGCUCGCUAUGCAUUCGUUCACACGAUCGGCGGAGCCCACAACAGUGAGCAGGCAUGGCGACGCACUGGCUACCCCGGUCUUGGACGUGCUGUGACAAACCUCGGUCUCCAGACAAGUGAUCCCGUGGAUGUGGAUUAUGUGACAUCCUCUGUUGGCUCACUUAACGACAACUUUGUACGCGCCAUGCACUAUGCCUGCAAGGGCGACGACGGUCUCAGCGAGUACAUACUUCGGAACCAAAAGAGCCCCUUCAUGGCCCAGACGGAUGACAACAACCGACGGACCAUGCUAGAGGCCAGCGCCCGUGAUGAGUGGAAAGAGCGUGUUCGCGUCUACUUUCCGUCCGACUUGACGGUGCGAACUGCUCAUGCUCAUCCCCAGAACACUGCAGGGACAAUUUGCUUCCAGAGAAAGUGGUGGAACGGCGCCUCCUUCCCUCGGGGUGUCCUCCGAGACUGCGAGGGUGCCAGGGAUAAGAGAAUACUGAUGCACAACAAGCUCAUCUUCGUUUGGCCUCAGAAAGACAUCAUCCGUGAUAAAACCAAGUGUACUGCCUGGGUCUACGUCGGCAGUGCGAAUUUCUCAGAGAGUGCAUGGGGCCGUCUCGUCAAGGAUCGAACUACCAAAGAAGUCCGCCUGAAUUGCCGCAACUGGGAAUGCGGCGUCAUCGUGCCCGUCAUUCACCCCCAUGAAGGCAUUUCCCAGCCGCAAAGCACAUCCGAAAUGCCCGCUCAGGAACACUUAGCCGCGACCAACCAUGGCAAGCAGGAGAAGAAGUUUCCCAUUUCCGAUAUCAACGCCUUUGUCCCUGUUCCUAUGAAGAUUCCUGCCAAGACUUACCAGGAGAAGCCGGUGACAGUUGACACUCCGUUCGACAGGAUCAUGGGUUCCUCUGGAGCAUCUGUUGCUGGCCCCAGUAGCAACAGCGCAAACAACAAACCGCUUGAGCCGUGGUUCUUUAUGGGUUAG